GAUACCAACUCCCUCGGCCGUCCAUUGUAGGGUGCAACUGUAAGUUCGCGUCGGGUAGACGUUUCUUGGAGGCUGUUGCAGGUCUGCCUUCUCUUCCGACAGCAGGCAGAUUGGAUUUAUUAGCCUGGGCCACCUCAGGAUUUUAUCUUAAAACGGACAGUUAAGAACAGCGCUGGUCCAGAAACAGAAUGGCUGCACUGCGUCGUCUGAGGCAGUGCCACUCCACAGGCAUUGCUAUCACUAAUUUUCACACGAGCAGCCGUGCCUCUGCCAAGCAGCAUUACAAAAUGCUGGUGCUCGGAGGAGGAAGUGGGGGCAUUUCAAUGAGUGCACGAAUGAAAAGGAUGAUGGGAGCUGAGAAUGUCGCUGUUGUGGAGCCCAGUGAGAUGCAUUACUAUCAGCCAAUAUGGACCCUAGUUGGUGCUGGUGCAAAAACUGUAGCCUCAUCGGGUCGCCCCACUGCAAGUGUAAUGCCCUCUGGAGUGAAGUGGGUGAAAUCUAAAGUUCAGGAAAUAAACCCAGACAAAAAUACUGUUUGCACAGAUGAUGGGACCGAGAUCUCCUAUGAGUACUUGAUCGUGGCUCUUGGAUUACAACUCCAUUAUGAGAGGAUCAAGGGACUGCCAGAGGGGUUUGAGCAUCCAAAGAUUGGGUCAAACUACUCAGUCCAAACCGUGGAGAAAACAUGGAAAGCACUGCAGAACUUUAAAGAGGGUAACGCUGUGUUCACUUUCCCAAAUACUCCUGUGAAAUGUGCUGGAGCACCACAGAAGAUCAUGUACCUAUCAGAUGCCUUUCUCAGAAAGACAGGAAAAAGGGCUAAAGCCAAUGUAAUAUACAACACAUCACUACCAGUGCUCUUUGGGAUCAAGAAAUAUGCUGACACAUUGUGGGAUAUUGUGAAACACCGUGACCUUCAAGUGAACCUGAGGCAGAACCUGAUUGAAGUGCGGGCAGACAAGCAAGAGGCUGUGUUUGAAAAUCUUGACAAACCAGGCGAAACCAAAGUGAUCGAGUAUGAGAUGCUUCAUGUCACACCACCAAUGGGACCCAAUUUGGUAAUUAAAGGCAGUCCACUGGCCGAUGAGGCUGGCUGGUUGGAUGUCAACAAAGACAAUCUCCAACAUAAGAGGUAUCCAAAUGUGUUUGGGAUUGGAGACUGUACCAACCUCCCCACAGCUAAAACGGGUGCUGCUGUUGCUGCACAGACUGCUAUCUUGAACAGAACCAUCAGCAAAGUACUGAAAAAUGAGAAGCCAGAUAAGAUUUAUGAUGGCUACACUUCAUGUCCGUUGGUCACAAGCUACAACACAGUCAUUCUGGCAGAGUUUGACUACAACGGACAACCACUGGAAACGUUCCCCAUCAACCAAGCCAAAGAAAGAAGGUUAAUGUACCACAUGAAAGCUGAUGUAAUGCCUCAUCUCUAUUGGCAUGGGCUGCUCAGGGGCCUGUGGGGUGGACCAGGACCAUACAGGAAACUCCUUCAUCUUGGGAUGAAAUGAGACCUCACUAUCAGUUUGCUUGUUAAGAGUUACAUUUCCUACACUUUUAGGGAAAAAAGCACAUGAAAUGAAUCAUUCAUAAUUCAUAAUCACACAUGUGGCGAGAGCAGUAAUACCUAUGGCCUGGACAUCAUGAUUAAAUUACAAGCUGGAUCAAGUUUCAGUUAAUAUUUAAAUAUCAAGGUUAUAGUAGCAUGAAGUGCUGCAUUUGAUAUUAUAGUGGAAUAAAAUGACUCCUUGUAAAGAGAGUAAGUUAUAGUAGUAAAAACUGAGAAUUAUUGCUAAACUUUUUGGUUCUUUUGGUGCAUAUUGAAAGUAAUGUCUUGCUACUUACUCCAAUCCUAUAAUCCAACCAGUAAUUAUAUUUUAUGGAAGCUGAACAAAAUUUUGUUGAAUAUUCUUAUUCCACACUGAUUUGCAACCCCAGGUGUAUCACUGCACUUUUGGAAGUCAGCACUUAGCCAAGCUGAAGUUUGCUGGACUCAGACUUGCUUUACUUUGCUUCUCUCAAUAGAGCAUACACUCCAUGUGGCCCAGGCUCAUCCAAUGAACUGACCCUAAAUGAUUCUUCCUCUUUAUGUUUAUAUAUUCCCUGCAUUAAAUUGCAGCGUAAAUGAGCAAAGCAAAAUAUUAAUAUUGAUGUAGCAGAAUAUUGUAGGGAUGCCCAACUCAUUGUCUACCAUAAUGUUGUGAAUAUUGCGAUGACAGUAGUCUCUACGUAUGCAGAUAAUCUUGUUUCCAGAUUGUGAAACCUGCUAUCAUGUGAGUAGUUUCUUGUCCUUUUAUGAUUUUAAUAAUCUUGAAGUCUGUUUCCAGCUUAAAAACCAAAAGCAUCUAAUCUGUGAAAACAUCUUUUAAACAACCAUUUGUGCUACUAAGCAUUUUUAAGAGAUGUUGUCUUUGGGAAAGUUUGACCAUUAACUACCACAAGUGCUUUUUCUUACUUUGAAACAUCAAUGUCAGAAAUAGUGUUUUGUAAACUUGUGAUUAUUUUUCUAUAAGUGCUAAAGUGAAUUAUAAGCAUUGGUGCUUAUGCAGUCAGUGCUAAUUUCAUAUAUUUCAUAUAUGUAUCAAAAAAGAUUCAUUACACUUUAAUCAUUGAAAUGAAUGUGUACACUUAUAAACCUGCUAUAAUAAUGGUAUUAAAGUAAAAACUGAUAUUGUUGAUGAAAAAUCAUAAAUAUAUGCUCAUUAUAGUUUCAA